UGAAUUUUUACAUAUUGUAUAGUAUAUGCAGGUGUUUUGUGUAGGCUGUUUCUGGUUAUAUAAAAAGUGAUAUAAUUUUUUGCAUAAAUUUAUAUAUUGAAGUAUGAAGUAAAUCCGGAUUUCCAGAUUCGUUCCUUUGUCUUUCAGGAGAUUGGGAGUUUUUCUUUUCAUAAGAAGCAGAUUCCUCCUAAUUAAUCAGCCGCCCUGAGCCUCUUUGGGAAGAGUUCCAUGAUGCAGGAAUUAUCCAAGAGCAGAUAGGUGUUUGUGCAAGGGGUAUUUUGCGCACCAAUAAGAAUUCAACACUUUCAAAUUACUGUUUACUAUGAUUAAGGACAAUGGAAGAAUGUAUAGAUCUUAAGCAUGUAAUUUAUUGUAAGAACAAUUUUCAUUUCUCUCUGAUUAUUUUAUUGUUUGAAUUGUUUCUUUUUUUAUUAUUUGUGGCCUUCAAAACUUAAUAAAAACUUAUAAAUAAAAAAAUAAAAAUAAAUAAAAGUAUACCUUAUCAAUUAUCGCUUACGGAAUGGACCACUAUCUUUACUACUAUAUCUAAAUCAUCAGGCUAUUAGGAUUUAUAUAUAUUAUUUAUUUAGCUGUUACUGGCCACUUGAUCCCACAGUAUUUUUAUUUAUCAUUUUCCCACAGUCUAAAUCAACAAUUCACACCAAACUAUUCCACAUACUUUUAGUUUGGGAUGUGCAUUGCAAUGGACAGUGCAUUGCUAUAACAACAUAUGUUCACAUUUUCAAAGUGAACAUUUUAUAAGUAUGUGAAUAUAUUCCUUGUAAAUCUGCAAAGUAUUCACUGCACUCUGGUGUUUUUCCUCUCCUGUAACUCUAUUUUGGUAUGCGAAUAUAUUCCUUGUAAAUCUGCAAAGUAUUCACUGCACUCUGGUGUUUUUCCUCUCCUGUAACUCUAUUUUGGUAUGUGAAUAUAUUCCUUGUCAGUCUGCAAAGUAUUCACUGCACUCUGGUGUUUUUCCUCUCCUGUAACUUUCCAAUUGUCUUUGAUUAGCAAUCAACUACAUUUAGUGGACUUAGCUGACUGCCCUGCCUGCAUAUAUUUCACACUAGUUUGGGAUGUGCAUUGCUAUAACAACAUAUGUUCACAUUUUCAAAGUGAACAUUUUAUAAGUGAGGCAUUAACAAUAGAAUUAUACAAGAAUUAAGUGAACAUUUUAUAAGUGAGGCAUUAACAAUAGACUUAUACAAGAAUUAUGUGAACAUUUUAUAAGUGAAGCAUUAACAAUAGAAUUAUACAAGAAUUAAGUGAACAUUUUAUAAGUGAGGCAUUAACAAUAGCAUUAUAGAAGAAUUGAACAAGGAUUGGGCAAGGGGCAAGACGUAAGACAAUUACUUUUGUAAAAUUAUGUUUCAUAUACCUUAUUGUUUUCUUAUGCAAUUGCUACUGUAAUACUGUCUUAUGUGUUUAACUGGUUUCCACUUUUGUAAAAAUGCUCAAUAUAUUCAUAAUCAUUUUUGCUACCUCUUGUCUCUAUAACAAACUACAUUAUUCAAUUACUCCUUCUCCCUCUCCACCUGCACUGUUCAUUAGCCCAUCUCUCUUAAACUCAUCUUACUUUUGUACUCAUGAACUUUACCUAUUCCUAAACACUCUCUCUCCCCCCUGCACUUUGUCUCAAAAGCAGUCUCACUACUGCAAAUCUGUAUCUCAUCUCAUGUCACUCUCCCUCUUGCUUUUACUUACUGCUGGUGACAUCUCCCCUAAUCCUGGUCCCCAACGACUGCCUAGCCAUGCACAUCCAUGUGUACCGUCCCAUAGACUUAGAAAACAAAACUCUGCAAACCUUAUUCACAUUCCUCUUGCAUCAAAAGCCACUACCCCUUUCACUUGCGCACUCUGUAACUCUCGUUCUGUUUGCAACAAGCUCACUUCUAUACAUGAACUCUUUAGCUCCUGCUCCCUCAACCUUCUGGCCCUAACAGAAACCUGGCUCUCUCCCCUAGACACAGCAUCCACUGCUGCUCUGUCACAUGGGGGUCUCCACUUCAGCCACACUCCUAGGUCUGGUAAUAGACAAGGAGGUGGUGUAGGUAUUUUACUUUCCUCUCGUUGCACCUUUCAACAAAUACAUCCCAUCUCUUCCCUCACAUUUCCCUCAUUCGAAACCCACAUGAUUCGCUUAUUCUCUCCUCUCUCUGUAUGUGUUGCAGUCAUAUACCGACCCCCUGGCUCCUCAACUCAAUUUCUAGAUCACUUGGCUGCAUUGCUACCUUAUUUCCUUUCCUCAGACACCCCUGCCCUCAUUCUUGGCGACUUCAACAUUCCUCUUGACAAUCCCACUGCCUUAUCUGCAAAACAACUUCUGCAACUCACUUCCUCUUUCGGUCUGUCACAAUGGACUGAUUCUCCCACUCACAAAGACUUUGAUAUACUACCACUCACAAAGACGGUCACUCUCUUGACCUGAUCUUUAGCUAUCGAUGCACUCUCUCAAACUUCACAAACUCCCCCUUUCCUCUUUCUGACCACCAUCUCCUUACUUGCAACAUCAUCCCUCCCUACAACUCUCCCUCCUUCUACUCCUCAUAUAAAACUUCACAGAAGCAUUAUGUCAUUAGAUCAGCAACAGCUUGCUAAUUCCCUCAAACCUCUCCUCUCAUCCUUCUCCUCCUUUUCCUGCCCUGAACAAUCUAUCUGCCACUAUAAUUCCACCCUUAUAUCCAUCCUUGACAAUCUCGCCCCUCUUACCAUAGCUCGGAAAUCACAAACUCAUCCGCAGCCCUGGUAUACUCCUCUGACACAGUACCUACGCAGAUGUUAAACUUAGCUCAUUCUCCAUUACUGAGGAAGAAGUUUUGGCACUUAUACUGCGCUUUCCCCUCACUACCUCUCCCCUUGACCCUAUCCCCUCACAGCUACUCCCCUCCCUCUCUGCUACCCUUACCCCUAUACUAAUACACAUUUUCAACUUCUCCCUCAGCACCAGUAUAUUUCCCUCAUUACUGAAACAUGCACUUGUCAAACUUAUCCUAAAAAAAACCUUCCCUUGAUCCUACCUCCCCAUCCAACUACCGCCCUAUUUCCCUCCUCCCCCUUGCCUCAAAGCUUCUCAAAAAACUAGUAUAUGCAUGCCUAUCCCAUUUCCUUAUGUUAAACUCCCUUCUUGACCCACUGCAAUCUGGAUUUCAUCCCCAUCACUCCACAGAGACAUCAAUUGUUAAGGUUACCAACGACCUACUUACAGCAAAAUCAAAAGGGCACUUCUCUCUGCUUAUCCUCCUUGAUCUGUCCGCAGCCUUUGACACUGUUGACCACCCUCUUUUGCUCCAAACCCUCCAAUCCUUCGGCAUCUAUGACACAGCCCUUUCGUGGCUCUCUGCCUACCUGUCAAACCAUACCUUUAGUGUAGCCUUCUCUGGGGCCUCCUCUGCCCCGUCACCACAUCCUGUCGGAGUACUGCAAGGCUCUGUCCUCGGUCCCCUUCUCUUCUCAAUCUACACGUCAUCACUAGGUUACCUAAUAAAGUCCCAUGGUUUCCAAUAUCAUUUGUAUACCGACACCCAAAUCUACUUCUCUGCACCAGACCUAUCUCCUUCCUUGCUAACCCGUGUCACUAACUGUCUUUCUCACAUAUCUUCCUGGAUGUCCUCUCACUACCUCAAGCUAAAUCUCUCCAAAACCGAGCGCCUCAUUUUCCCCCUUCUUCCAAAAUGUCCACCCCCAAACUCUCUAUAACUGUUGACAACUCCAUCAUUACCCCUACCCCGCAUGCCCAAUGUCUCUGGGUCAUAUUUGACUCAGAUCUUUCUUUCACUCCUCACAUUCAGUGCUUGGCUAAAGCCUGCCACUUCCACCUUAAAAACAUCUCUAAAAUUAGACACUUCCUUACACAAGACACAACUAAGAUUUUAAUCCACUCUCUCAUUCUUUCCCACCUCGAUUACUGCAACUCUGUCCUCUCAGGUCUCCCCACCUGCCGCCUAGCUCCUUUACAAUCCAUAAUGAAGGCCUAUGCCAGACUCAUCUUCCUUACACGUCGCUCUUACAUCUACUGCACCUCUCUGCCAAUCCCUUCACUGGCUUCCUCUUGCCUCUAGGAUCAAACACAACAUUCUCGCUCUGACAUACAAAGCCCUCAAUUGCACUGCUCCCCCCUAUAUCUAAGACCUUGUCUCCAGAUACUCUCCCUCCUGUCCCCUUUGCUCUGCUAAGACCUCCUACUCUCCUCCUCUCUGGUUAGUUCAUCGCACUCCCAUUUACAGGACUUCUCCAGACUGGCUCCCAUCUUGUGGAACUCCCCUAGUUUUGAAAGCUUCAAGCGCUCCCUAAAGACUCUACUGUUCAGGGAUGCAUACAACCUAUGCUAACCUUACUUUAUACCAGUUCCACUCCUCCAUUGCUAUCCCCUGAACCCCCCUUAGCAUGUAAGCCUAAGAGUCCAGCUGUUUGUAGAUCACCUUCUUAAGAGCUGACUACAACAGUGCAACUCUUGGCAGGGCCCUCUACCCAUUUUUUUUUUUUUUUUUUAAUUUUAUUUAUAACCAGCAAAUGGUACAGCUGUAUGCAACAGAUCAAAGACACACCGCGCAGGGUGCAAUGGAACAAUUCAAAUCUGAUGAGACAGUGUGAUACAAUAGUAUAUGACAACAUAGGUCUGACAGAUACGGCAGUAUGCAAUGUUUACACUUGUAUUGAGAACAACAUCAGACUUAUAUAGGUAGAGCAUGUUCUAGUUUAUAUAUUCGCUAUUACCAUAUUGUUGGGGUUUUAUUUUUAAUCUAACACAGUCAGUCUAAACCUAACCUAACUAAAAAAUUUGUAGCUUCUGUUCCUGACCAAUCGGGGUGGUAACCCAAUUAAAGGAUGUAGUAUGUAUGAUAAGAUCGUAUGAUAGUAGAUCUUCAGUAUAGAUAUGGUUUUUUACCCCUUCUUAAAGUACUAACUAUAGCAACAUCCCUAACUAUUUUAGACAGAACAUAAAACACAAAUAAUCAAACAAACAAACAGGGGGUAGUCGAAUCUACCAGAAAUUAUACUUAACCUGACUGAUCAUCUGUACGCAUAGUGUCCUACGCUACAUUUAUUAAGAAAUUUCAUUAGAUAAAGGGUGGCUGAGCACAUCAGACCCACGUAAUCCAGUGACCCUCUACCCAUUUUAUCCCUAUAAUUGUUUUGUUGUACUCCGCAUUCGUUUAUAGCGCUGCGGAAUCUAUAACCGAUGAUAAUAAUAAUAAAUACUUUUAAAUGGCUUGAAGCAGCGGAUUCCAAGACUGUGGAAGUAGAAAAACACCCCUACUAUACAAGAUCCCUAAAUCUCCCUAGAAAAAUAUUUAUAAUAUGUUAACAAACAGACUAGACUUUUAUCAUAACAUGAAAUUUCUAUGGGAAACAAAGCUUCAAAUACUAACUUUAGGCCUAUAAUAGAGAGGAUACCCGCGUUAUUCUAUAUAUAAAUCUAAUCCUAUGUCUAUUAUAUUCAAAUCUUUACACUUAAGGUGCAUACAGUAGCUCUAACAUUAUACACUAUUCAUGAAGCUUUCGGAUUCUGUCUGUGAAUGAUUGUUUUUGUCAUAGUAAUCCAUGCUCUUAGAAUUAUUAUUAUGUACUAGAAACAAUUUUUCAAAUGUUACAAUAUGUAAUGUACAUUUCAUGUAAUAUUUGUAUUUUGGGGGCGAUCCUGAGUGGUCGUACUCUCCUUGAGUUCCAGCUGAAUCUCUAAUAUACCGCCGAUUAUAGGAGAAAUUCUACAGCAAUCACACUUUCCUUGAUUACUGCUGUGAUUACUCACAUAGUAGUGCUCCAUAUUACCAGAACUAUGUUGUAUUUUUUACACUGGAGCCCGGGAUCAGACAAUAGAGGCCUAGAGCGGAGGCUCACAAUAGGCGACGCUACCCCCCUCAGUUCACUGAGGUAUUCUGCCAUCUCUGAGCACCCUGACUAAUCUGCACAGACUUUAACUACACCAUACUUCGGUGAGAUCUGACGCAAGGGGACAGAAGUGUACAACACAUAUGUGAAGGGCCUUCAGCACAGCACAACCAAAAUUGCAGCCGUAUGGGAAGUUGAUUCGCAAGAUGGCUUAUAUAACCACAUGGCCAGGUUUGAGGAAAUCUGCCAAAAUCUUAUUGACAGAGCCCCAUUGGACUUUCUUUUGAGCUACUGCUCCACUGGGAGCUCAGCAAUGGCAACCAUCAAUGAAGCACCGGAACUAAACAUACCCGUUAUAGAAUGCAGACAGGAGGAGUUUCAUCACAUUAUCGCCCAGAUCUCUACAGGGAGGCGCGUCAUAGGAGAAAAAUGUAUCUAAAACAUAAUGUUCACGGAAUCUACUGGCAUACUGAGCGAAUCACUAGAAACGGAGGACACUCAUCAUUAAAUGGGGCCUUAUGGGAGUUUGUGGGGGACUCCGGGGAGGCUGCGGUCGGGGAAGCAGGCACACUCCAUGACCACUAUCAUAACUUCAACCGACUACUCAAAAGAAAAUAUUCUCCAACCAGGAAACUUCUACAAAUUGCACAGUAACAUAUGGCCCUCAAGCUCUCUUGCAGGGACAACAGAUAGGGCUAUCUCGGCAACUCUUUACAAAUAAACUCUUCCAUUUGUAGUAAGAUUCUGCCCUUCAUGUACACAAAAUCCUGGGGCUGAUAAAAAAGAACUAACCUGCCCUUAUUGCCAUCUGCACUAUGGGGCUGGCAUCAAUAUGUUAAGUAAUUCAAUUGUGGUUUGCAACGUUAGCUUUGUAUUCUUACUCUUAGUUUUUAUAUCUUCUUUUACAAACGUGUAUCUGUUACAUAUAUUUUUGACUGUGAUAUAGAUAAAGUAAUAGAAAUGUGGCAUUAGAUUUAUUAGCGUUCCCAAGUUAUAUUGCUCUGCACUCGUGGUAUACAUCAUUGUGAUACCCAUGAUGCCAACGCGGCAGAUUUCAUCCCCAGCACAUUGCUGCUAUUUAUUAUAUAUAUAUGCUCAGUGCAUUAUUAGUCCUCCUCUUGUGGCUAGCGGCCGGAGCCGUGGGAGAAACCAAACACAAAAAUAAUAUGUAUAGAUAAAAACUAGAGCAUUACCUGAUGAUAUAUGCCCCCAAGAGAUGGAGACCACCAGCACACUUUAAAAUUUUUGAGCGGAACUUGUAAAUGUUUCUGGCCACAAUUUAUUUAGCCUAAUAGCUUACACUGCUUAAAUUUUUUUUGCUCUGCCCUGUACUCUGAAUCAGGAAACCCCCCUAAAAAACUUAAUAUGGCAUACAUCCCCCCUCACAUAACUCAACACAGUACACAUUCUUAUUCCCAAAUAUACACACCCAUCUCUCAUUGCAAAUAAGCCCCUUCUUCAUAUACAAAACUUGCCUGUGCAGGGUGCUAUUUAUUUUUGUUUUAAAGGGCCAUUAAACCCAAAAAUUGUCUUUCAUGAUUCAGAUAGAGAAUACAAUUUUAAACAGCAUUCCAAAUUAAUUCUAUCACCUAAUUUGCUGCAAUCUUUAGAUAUCCUUUGUUAAAGCAAUAGCAAUGCACAUUGGUGAGCCAAUCACAUGAGACAUCUAUGUGCAGCCACCUAGCAGAAGCUACUGAGCCUAUCUAGAUAUGCUUUUCAGGAAAGCAUAUCAAGAGAAUGAAGCAAAUUAAACAAGAGAAGUAAAUUAGAAAGUUGUUUAAAAUGGUAUUCUCUAUCUGAAUCAUGAAAGAAAAAAAUUGGGUUUAAUGUCCCUUUAAGUUAAUACCAGAGGGUCCAGUCUUGGCCUUUAAUCUGCAUGUCUCAUAACAGUUUAAGGGGUUUUGUUUUAACUCUAUAUCAUCCCUAUAUUUCCUGUAUCUUUUGAAAUUAAGGACCCAAGAGUGGCCCAAGCUACUGCUAAUUGGGACAAAAAUGAGGAUUGUAGUCUAAGAUUUAUGUACAAGUCUUUGAUGCAAUAUCUGUAUUCUCACUAAAAGCAUUUCCUUUUAUGCCAUUAUCUUACUUGUUUUAUGCAAUUCCUCAAUAAAAACUGUGAUUUAAAAAAAAAUAAAAAAA